UUAAAAUAUUAGAUUCCUUUGAUACAUUUUGUUCAUGUCAAGCUGUGUAUUGUAACCAUGUUAACCUUGAAGCUGCUGUUUGCGCACCAAAGGCAUGGGUUCACAUUCCGGGCAGUGUCUCUUGAUGUCAGUGAUGACAAUGAAAAUAUUUUAAGUAUUUUACUUCCUUAUUCACCGUCACUAUAAGAGAGAGGUCCUGGUUAAGCGUCUCUCUGAGCCACACAGCGAGCGAUCUCAGCGAAACCCAUGAGUCAUGGCUAGCACGACUCCCAGUGAGAGUGUGGAUAGUGAGCUGCGCUGCUCCAUCUGCCUGGGCACGUUCGUCUGCCCCUCCACGCUAAGAUGCGGACACUCGUUCUGCCUCCAGUGCCUGGAGGCCGCCUGGGAGACGGCGAGCAGCUUCAGCUGCCCACAGUGCCGAGCGACCUUCCCUGCACGACCCCAGCUGAGGAAGAACGUGGCCCUCGCCAACCUGGCGGAGCAGUUCAGAGUUGGAGAUGGGAUGGCCACGGCCAUUGUUUGUGACAUCUGCGGUGACGGCCAGACUUCUGCAGUGAAGACUUGCCUGAUAUGCGAGAUGUCCUACUGUUUUUCACACUUCAGGACUCACGUGGAGAAUCCCAGGUUGAGAGACCAUGCUGUAGUGGAUCCCAUUGCGAGCUUGGAUGAGCGAAAAUGCCCUCAGCACAGUGAGGAGCUGAAUUUCUACUGCACAGUAGACAGCAGCCUGGUCUGUUCAUCUUGCACCAUCUCAGUUAAACACAAAGGGCACAUGGUCACCACGUUGAAGGACGAGCACGAGAGACGAAAGACGCGCGUAGGGGAGGAGACGCGAGCGGUGGAGGAGAAGAGGAAGGAGGUGGAGGAGUCUGUGAAGCGGAUAGAGGCCACUCGCAAGGAAGUGCAGGAUAUCAUUACCAAGACCAAGGUUCGCAUCUCAGACCAUUUCUCCCGCAUGAGAGCGGUAGUCGACGAGGACGAGAGGGAGGCUCUACGUCGCGUUGAGGUGAAGGGGCGUGAGCUGCUGUCCCGGAUCGAGGAGGAUAUCGCUCGUCACGAGUGGGAGAUCGGCGAGCUCCAGGCAGCGGCCGCUCACCUGCGCAUUUUGCAGCACGAGAGGGACUCGCUCACCUUCCUGCAGGUUCACAUGAAGGAGACGCUCAGUAUGACUACAACACAACAGAACACAACACGCAGCGUGCGUGUGUUUGUAUACACGCUACGUGAACUGCUUGUGCCGCUACUGCGCACGCAUCGCCGUGACCGCUGUGCGGGCGUCAUCGCUGUCCUCACCACAGAUGGAUGCUCACCAACUCUGGACACAAACUCAGCCUACAACCGCUUCCAGAUUUCCUCGGAUCUCAGGACGGUGACGGUGGGCGAUGUCUCCCAGGGUCGCCCCCAUCACCCACACCGCUUUGAUUGCUGGUCACAAGCCCUGUGCUCUGAGAGCUUCUCAUCGGGUCAGCACUACUGGGAGGUGGACGUGGGGAGCGCGGGGCUGUGUUGGAUUGGAGUUGCGUACGGGAAGAUCCCACGGAGAGGGCGUGGUGCUGAUUGUGGCCUGGGGGGGAGUGACGUCUCCUGGUGUCUACAGAAAGCUGGUAAAAGCUUCUCAGUGCGGCAUGGCGGGGUAGAGACCUCACUAUCGGUGCCGGAGCCUCCGCGGAGAGUCGGGGUUCAUCUGGACUGGGACGCGGGGCUGCUAUCGUUUUACAGCGCUGACUCGAUGGCACUGCUGUACUCGUUUCACCAAGCCUUCACAAAUUCCCUAUAUCCUGGGCUGCUGGUGGGGUGUAAAGUUGGUGACUCAGUGAGGAUUGUGGAUCUGUGUGGUGCGUCCUGAGACAGGUGAACGUGAACAGCGCAGAGGGCAGACGCCACGACGCACGGCGCUCGCCACCCUCGUCACCGUCACGCGCAGCGCCACGCCCGUGACUGGCUGGUGGCUGUCGGUGGCUAGGGGCUGCGUGGCUCUCCAUCACAA